UUUUUUCAACAGAAACUACUUUCUACUUAAAAAUAAAAUAUCAGUCAUUAUUUUAUGGCAGCUUAUGGUAUCAUUACAGAAGUUUUACAGUUGUAGUUUGGUAUCCUUUUGCGCAUACUGGUCAGACUUUGUACCGUCAAAGUUAAACAUAAACUUUAUCAAAAAGAGAGGUCUGUAGCUCUGUUUUGUACUUCUGUCAGACGGUCUACAAAGCUAUUAGGCAUGUGCAGGCAAGAACUCAAACAGGAAAUAUGUAGCCAACAGGGAAAGGGACUAAGUAAUGCAAGGUAAUCAUUGACACAGCAAAAACUGUUGACAUUUCUUUGCUCAUAAAAAAAAAAGGCUGACCUCUAGGAGGGUACACAGCCAUGCAUGAAUGUCAGGAUAUCAUCUCAAAACAAUUCACAUAAAUGCCUGUCAAUCAGCACUCAGAAAGAGAACUAAAAACAAUCACUGUGGGUUGUGGGCUUUCUUUUUGUCACAUAAGCACUUUCAAGGACGUGCUUUUCUACACGGAGUGCUUUCCAUUUAGCUACAUAGCUGUUCUAAACAAACAAAUAUUCAACACCAAAUCCUCAAGUUCAGCUGAGAGUACUGAAUCAACAGUGUCAAACCAGUAUAUGUUUUUGCACUGAAGCUCCCCCAUCACAGGAGACUGAAUGUACCUUGUCUGCUUAGACAUGAUACACAGCAUGUUUAUAUUUCCCAGGACUAUUUACACCAAAUCUACCAAGCUUCCUGAAGUGCUCAUUUGUGUACUUUCACAUCUCUGUUUCUAUUGUUUCAGUUCUUCAGGGUAGAGAUGGGGUCCAAAUAGUACAGUCGGGUUGCAGCUACUGCAGUAGUGCUAAUAGGACACUGUAGCCUACCUGCCUUUCAAAGUCAAAAGUUAAAGGGCGUAAGAAAAUAUUGAAAAAUAUUGUAUUGCAUCGUCUUGUAUAUUGUUUUGUGAUAUUGUAUCGAUUCUCAAGGAUUGGAUUUUUUAAAAAUUAAAUCGCAAUAUAUUGCCGAGCUUACAGUAUCGCAAUAAAUCGCAAUAUAUUGAAUCGUGAUACGUAUUAUAAUGCCAGAUUCAGCCCUUCUAUGUGUGGAAAUAAGGGAGGUGCCUGUAGCCAAAUGGAAAGCACACAGACACACAAACACAGACAGAGAGAGAGAGACACACAUCGCUUCACCACCUGCACUGAGGUCCCUGCUGUUUCUUAUUCCUCACAGGCCAGAGGGGUUUUCUGGGAAAGCUGCAUGUCCCAACACACAGUCAACAUGUAUCAUCCAACAAAAGAUGAUAUUUAUGCAUAUGCACUGUCCAAGACCCUGACAAAAGUUUCAUCACCUGCAACUGUAGGACUCUACUCUUCAUGUGAGAAUCGAAUUAGGAUGAUCCUUAAGCAGAUGGAAGUGAACAUGAACCAGGAGGCUUCAAGGAUUGAGCAGGAAUACAAAAAAAAACCCAGGCCUCGCUCAGCUAACCCUUCAUUUACUGGCUUUCUAGCGCUCAUUGGACGACUGCUCUUCUACAUGCCCAUUUGGACUAAGCAGAAUCAGCAGUAUGAUAAUGUCAGGUUCAUUUAUGUGCAUUUUAGUGCCUGGCAUUUUGCAGGGAGUGACCUGCUUUGGGCCGGGUUAGCCAUACGACUGUUUCAUGCCAUGCAGAUGAACUUUGGGAAAUUACAGCUUGUACUCUACCGUGUGGCUCAAUAUGAUGAAGAAGAGGAAGUCAAGAAGAAGAUAGUGGAGGAUGGUCCUAACAAUUGGAGGUCCAAAAAGGUUUGCUGCUGCCCCCUGUGGUUUUUCAUCCUGUGCAUUCUUGUGGUUCCAAUUACCCUCCUCGUAUUCCUUUUGACUUUUGGCCUUCCUAAAAACGAGAUAGAACCAGAGGAGGGGGUGAAUGCAAAAGGCCAGGUGGGUGUGCUGGAGGGCGUGUUCAUCGCUGCAUUAGGAGUGCCAGCAGCAAGCGCAUUGAGGUUUGCCUUUAUGAUGGCUAAGAACCUCAUCUUCACCCAGGAUCUGAACAUCAAGAAAGGGAUGGACAACGAGCGGGUCAGCAGCCAACUAGGCUUCAUGAACGAAGUGAGGAAGGAAAUGUGGUUCCUGUCUCGCUUCAUCCAGUUUAUGGAGGUGUUUGAAAGAAGACGGAUCCGAGUGGUACUGCAGAUCACCAAUCUGGACCGGUGCUCCCCGCAAAAAAUUGUUGCAGUUCUGGAUGCCAUCAACAUUCUGCUUUCAGAUGAGGAAAGUCCGUUUAUUUCCAUUCUGGCCGUCAACCCAGAUGUUCUUGUACAGAAAGUGAACUUUGCAGAUGGCUGCUUCAGCAAAGAGGACAGAGCAUAUGCACUGUUGAACUGUAUUGUGACUCUGGCUUUCACAGUCCCACCACUGUGCAAUGAUUCAAAGCGCAAUUUAUUUCACAGCCUCACUCACAAUUCGGAACUCCCUGAGAACUUGAUCCGGAGGGAAGAUAGACAUAGAACUGGGGACCUUGAAAAGAUAUCUUCCACAGAUGAAUCUACAGUCUUCAUUCCAUUGGACACAAAACAGUCAGAACCACUCAUCGAAAAAACUACACCAGCACUGCAUGUAAAAGAGGAGGAUGUAGAGAAAUUGGUCAACAACAUCCUGAACAGCAAUGAAAUUAAUCUAAACAAGUACAUGUUAGAUGACGCCAUGUCUAUGAGGAGAGUGAUCAACUCCAUUCGAGUGACUGCGAUAAUCAUGAUGGCCUUGAAGAAAGAGUCUCCUCUACCAGAAUACAUUGCAGCAUGGGUGGUCUUGGCCAAUCAGUGGCCCUGCCGCCUCAGCUGGAUCAUCCAGUGUGUGGAAGAUGCUCAGCAGAGAGCAGACAUUGGAGAUGGUGUGGCCAACACUAAUGAUUCAAAAACCUUAUGGGAAGUCUUCAGUGAGUCUAGGGCAGAGCUGUAUGUGAUGAGUGGGCAGAUUGAGGAACUCCUCGAGCAGGAUGGAGAUCCUGAGAUGUUCGAAAAGUUUCUCAAAGUAGAUUUCCAGUUUACUUUAAAAGACUUGAAGACAUUUGAAAUGACGACAGUGAACCUGGAUCAUACAAUUAGGAAGGAGAUGGCUCAGAUCCGAGGGACAUCCAGGCUGAGAGAUUCUGGUUGGAUGAGGAACCUAGCUCCACUGCCAAUCACAACUCUCAUCAAUAUGGAUACAGAGGAUGUAUGUACAGAGUUGGCGAGAAUGAAAUUCCCCAGUAAGUACGUCGAUAUUGUGAGAAAAAAUGACCUCAAUGGUUCGGCACUGGUCUUUGGUGAUGCAGAUGACCUUAAAGUCCUCCUGGGCAUGACCUUCGGUGAAUGGGCAACCUUCAGACUGCACUUCCUGAGUUCCCUGUCACAUCUCCGACCACAAUACAAGAGCGAGUCACCUCAUUCCCAGAACCAGCUGUCCAGAUCUCCCCUACAUGUUGCUCAUCAUCAUAAAAUGACUUAAAAUUAAAUGCAAAAUGUGUCAGUGUUUGACUUGAGUUAGACGAGGAGAUAAUUAUUGACAAGAACAGGAGUAUAUAUUUACCAAAGUUAUAAAAUAUUCUUUUAAGUCACUAUUAGCCUCUCUGGUUGUUAAACACUGUAGUCAAACAUUAAUCACUAUAGUGUGUCUGAAAAUUAGCUAUAAACCAGUUUAUUGGGAAUAAGAUUGCUGUGCAACACUAUUGUCAAGAGCUUCUCCUGUGUAACAUUUGUGCCUUUUAUAUCAGUAUGAGCAUCACUGACCAUUUUCCUCUGACCUGUUUCUCAUAAAGAAAGUAGUCAGGGCAACCUCUCCAGCAUCUGCACUGCUGUAGUUAAUGAUGAUGACACCAGCUCAUACUUUAGAUACACAACCUUUGUGCCUAAUAUCUCAGUCUGUUAAUGCCAAUGAGUCACUGUCACUGCUAAACUGUUACUCAAAUGUCUACAGAUAUUCUCCUCCUGCUCCCUCGUCCACUCCAACACACACCUCUUGUCUACAGUCCCCUUGAGGCAUUUCAAUUGAUCGCUCCCUGCGUUCUCAUCUGGGGGGUGAUGAGACAUUGAGCCUUGAUACCAAAUUGAAUUGUAAUGAGUUGCGUGACUGGACUGAGCAGUUUUAGUUUAUCACACUUCCCCCCCCAAGUUCCCCCCCAAGUUCCCCUACAAAUGUUCAGUUAUUAUUUAUAGCAGAUGAAAAGCCACCAGUAAGCUUCAUACUUGCAUGAAGAAAAAAAAUCAAGUAUGGUUAUACUGUUGCAGAGGCCAGCCAAAUGCACUUUAAAGCCAACCACAGUCCACCUAACUGGUUUACAGUUUCAAUUUGAAUUAAUGUUUGAGUUAACGUUCAUAAACUAGAGAGUUUAAGUGUGAAGUAAUUGCUUUCACUUUGUUUAGCUACAGGAGCUUGUGAUAAAUUGCUUUUUAACAAAAAGACUGCAUAAAAAAUUGUGAUUUUCCUGUGAAUUGUGAAGUAACUAGCAUGUGCAUGUUUGUUAACCUAAGGGGUACAAGCCCAACAAUGAUAGCUAUUGUGUUACCUACAUGUCCAAUCAUGUAUACACCAACCUAAGUUAUCUAAGCUACCUAAGUGAUUGAACAUCUGUCUUUUUCACUGCAGAUAUUUGGACAGGUCACAGCAGGAAAAGCACAUUUUACUGCUUCAGUUUUAUUGUCCUGGCAUUGUGCAUGCUGACUCACUUUAAUACUCAAUGAAGCCAUUGUUAAUGUCACUGAUAAUAUCUGUGCUUCCUACAAUGCAAGUCAAAAUGUAAGCUGUGAAAAACGUAUUAGCAGACAACACUGUUUUUUUUUUUUCUUCUGUCUGUGAAGGAAAUGUGGCAAAUAGAAAUGGAUCAAGAAGAUAAAAAGCUGUGAAACAUGUUACCUGAAGAAAACUUACAGACCAACUAUUGUUUUCCCAUUGGUUUCAGAAUCAUUUUCAGUAAUAUUAUACGCAAAUAUAUAAUUACAUAUUGCAUGACCUUUUUGUAGGAAAAAAUAAGCUAGUUUCAGUCUUUUACUCUGCCUUUACUACUCUAUCUAACAUAAAGUAUGACAAGCGCAUGAAGAUAUAAAUUGAGGGGUUUUCUAUCAAUGAUUUAGGCUGUAAGGGUUAAGCUGAAAUGGUUUUACAGAAGCCUCCUUCAUGCAUGAAAUUGCAAACUCGAUUGCAGGUUUUACACAUUCAGUGUUGUUCUUGUUGUUUUGGCUGUGUUUUAUUUUUAUUUUAUACUUAAUGCAAGUUCAUUCUGGGUUCUGUGAAUGUUUAUAAUGAGGUGUGUGAUGUAACUAUGCUAUACAUACAUAAUGCAUGCUACAAUUUUACUAACGUAAGCUCUUCAAUAAAGUCCAAGUCUGAGAAUAUUAACUGAACUUUUAGGUUGUGGAAAGCCUUUAAUGCAGACGGUGGGAUUUCAUUUAUGUCAGAGCCCAAACAGGCGUUAACAAGGUAUAUUUGGAAUUUAGAUAGAAAUUCACUAUGAUGUGUUUAGGAAUACUUUAUUGAUCAUUUAGCAGAAAAUCAAAUACAGUAUAUGUGCUACAGUAAACUGUAAUUCUCUGUUUCUGGCAAAUCAGAUGUAAAUUCUGGCAAAUAAAAUGUAUAUGCAAGUGUUCUAAUAAUAAAAAAUGCUUUCCCAAGCAAACAUCA